CCGGAGGCCAGCUGGCUGCUUGUCCCAGAUGUCAAAGACUAUUUGACCUUGCGCAUCCAGCGCAGUCUUUAACCGUGCAGUUCCGGCCGCAGGGGGGCUACCCUUGCCAGCUACCACAACAGCAAGCUUUAGAGCCGCAGCGGCCUUGGACGUCACAACAAGCCUUGGCACCACGACAAGCUAUAGCUGUUCAAAAUGCAAUCGCCCAACAGCAGCUUUCCCCAGCGACUGGAAAACAGCAGGAAGCAUUAUUGCAAGCGGAAAUGCGACGAAUGGCUGGUCUUAUGUGCCAUCAGCAACGAGCUCUACUGUAACGCGUAAAGUCUGGAGCAAUGGCAAUCCCAGGUCGUGGCCCAAAUGUCGUCGGCGGAACACAGGGCGCGAACUCCAAUCACUCUGGACAGAGCCAAGCGGUCUCCCAACAGCGAAAACCAGCUAUUCAGUCAGUGCAGCAUGAUAGGGUGUCUGACGUGGCGCAAACAGACCAUGUGGUACACGUGCCGCGGGCGCGUCAGGCUCACAAUGAAGGAGAACAGAAUCAAGUCAGUCAGCGAGUGCCGCAUCAUAGGGCGUCGGAAUCGUCACAGUCCAACCACAUUCGAGCGUCCCCUCAGAAUCACUAUCAGGAAGACCAGAACCAAGCAAUUCAGCCAACACCGAGCAAUGGUGGAUCGCAAUCGACGCAAACAAAUGACGUUUCGGAAAGGUUUCAGCACCAGGAACAGCAGCGUCCAGCCAUAAAGCAGGAAAAAGAGAGCCAGAACGAGGAACAACAACAGCGAGCGCCCCAGCAAGCUCGUGGCCGGAAUAACCGGCGGAGAAUCACCGACCAGUGCUUAAGGCAAAGAAGGGGGAUUACCAGGAGCACCUCUGGGAUUGUGCCUCCGCGAUCACAACAUGAGCGCCGGCGAAAAGUCUCUCUUUUAUCGGUUCUGCCGAUGAUAAUGGAGCCAUUGCAACAAACCCGGUCUGUCUCACAGUCGAGGGUGAUCAAGCAGGAAUAA